ACUCCCUUCACUCCCUCUCACCCUUACUCGAGUACACCCUUGCUGUUGCGCCGCAGGCGAGAUUGGGUAUCAUGCUAACGAACUCGAGUUGUUUGUUUGUUCGUUCGCCCUUACCACCAUAAGGCCAGCAGAAGAAGUCAUCUAUUCGUCCAACCUGACCUCUACAGUCGCCGUUCGCUCGCUCGCUCGCUGGCUGGCUUAUCUUUACACCGGUUUGACAUAUCUUCCCCCCCCCCCCGAUUCACAUUUUUCCCAUCCCCUCUCCGCAUCCGUCUACCGGUGCUGUAUCGCCGCAAUUUUUUACCUCCCCCCUCCCCCCCGUACGGGGGGCCCAGUCCUUUUCACUGCAAUGCUCGAGUCUGAUACUGAAUACCUUUUAUUUUAUUUUUUACCCUGUCUUUUAUAACAGCCUUUUGGUGAAAUAAGGGCAGAAAUAUCGCACCAGGGCCAUAACUGAUAUGCAUAUAGUGCAUAACUCCUGUGCGUUGUUCUGCGCGAACACUUUUGAAUGUGAUAACACGACUGUGGUACAGGCAUUACCUGUACAAGUCGCAGUGAGGGCUUUAAAAAAACUGGAAAAUCCGGUAACAGGGCACAGAGCUCGAAAAACGUGGAGCAUGGCUUACUAGUACAUUCUCUUCUUUUUUGUAUGUGCACGAGUGGAGAGCACGAGAAAGAGGGGUCCUGUGCCGGCCUGCGAUUAUUGUAUUGGCUCGCGUGGGGGAAGUGGCGCCGUGGGUUCGAACUCUGACGUGGUUGAUCCGCAGGAAUAACUUAGCUAAGGUUGUCUUUUUUUUUCUUUUUCUUUUUUCUUUCUUCUUUUCUUCUUCUUCCUCUUUUCCUCUCUUUUCUUGCUUUUACUUUUAUACUUUGCUUGAAUCGCCUUUCUCUCAUUCCUGUUUCUGUUUUUGUUUUUUUCCUCUUGGUCCUAUCAAUCGAGCGGAUGGCGUGCAGGGAAAGGCGAUGGUGAUGAGGAUUUAGCGAUGAUGAGGGUUUCUGCGAUGAAGGCGGGGGAUUGAGGGUCCUAUGGCGGCUGAGGUUCGCUCUGACGAACGAACAAAAUUUGGAUGAUUUGGAUGAGGGACACGGAAUAUCGUAAACU